UUUCCACCAUUUCACCAUCUCAACUUCCACAAAACAAAACCAUCAAUUAAUAAUCAGUUUCGAUUCGAUUUCAAUUUCCAACCAUCUCUCAAAAUGGCUGAUCACGUGAACUACGACCACACCAAGCCCGUUUCCGACGAGCCCUGCGAAGGCGCCACCACCGCUGUCGCUGUGGAGAGCGCCGAUCGCGGCCUCUUCGGAUUCGGCGCCAAGAGGGAGGAGGAGGCCAAGUGCGAGGAGACUCCGAUCGCCUCCGAAUUCGAGGAGAAAGUCAAGGUCUCUGAAGAGCCCGAGAAGGAGAAGGAGAAGGAGGAGGAGAAGAAGCACGGAGGAUUGAUCGAGAAGCUUCGCCGCUCCGACAGUUCCAGCAGUUCGUCGAGUGAGGAGGAAGAAGUUGGGGAGGAUGGAGUAAAGAAGAAAAAGAAGAAGAAGGGAUUGAAGGAGAAGAUUGUAGGAGAGAAGGAAGAGGAGAAGAAGGCGGAGUGCGAGGACACAUCGGUUCCGGUGGAGAAGUACGAGGACGUCUUACCGGCCCAAGAGCAUGAGGACAAGAAGGGCUUCCUAGACAAGAUCAAGGACAAGCUUCCCGGAGGCAAGAAGACGGAGGAGGUUGCUGCGCCUCCCCCACCAGCUCCGGCUCCGGCUCCAGUCGUUGCUGAUUAUUCGGCCACGACUCCGGAGGCGGAGGGGAAGGAAAAGAAGGGGUUCUUGGAUAAGAUCAAGGAGAAGCUCCCUGGGUACCACCCAAAGAGUGAUGAAGAAAAGGAAAAGGAAAAGGAAAAGGAAAAGGAGGGUGCAUGCUAAGUGUGAUUUUCAAACUGUUAUUUGUUGAUGCUUUUCCAAUGCUUUGAUUUCACUUAUUAUUAUGUUGUAUUUGCUUUUCUCUAUUAUAUAUGUGUAUGUGCAGUAUUUUGUGUAACUACUAUCCCUGAUAUUCUGCACAGCUGGUUUUAUGGAAUUCGAUUACUUGCUUUGUUUGUAA